UGUUUAAUAGAUUAUUAAACUACAAGAAUUGUUAAUUACUGUGCAGAACGUGUCCGCAUUUAAACUGUAAAAUGCUUUCAAAUUUGCCACUUGAGAUCAUUCUUAAAGUCUUUGGCUACCUCAGUGCCGAAGACAAACUGCAACUGGCGCAAGUCAACCAAACUCUUGGCAGUGCUUUUGUUUACCACAGUGAAGCCAAAUAUAAGAGACUUUCUUGCUACCUGUACACAGGCUACGAAUUGAGUGUUAUUCUGCCAUUAUGCGGCUCCAAUAUUUACAAAAUUGAUAUAAGUGAGGAACUCACGGAGAAAACGGCUGAACUAAUAACAAAAUAUUGCACCAACGUAGAAUCUGCUACACUGGAGAUUAGACAUCAAAUGUUCAACGCUUGCAAAGGGAUUUUAAGCAUAAAAAGCCUAUCAUCCAUUUAUCUGGUAAAUGGCGAUUAUCGCGAACCGGAUAUGUUGCAGUACUUUAACCCAAACUGCAGAGUAUUGACUUUAUUUGACCUCUCCAAUGUUCAGUCUCAAAAUUUACGGCGAUUGAUUCACUUGGAAGACUUGGAUGUUGCUCCAUUUGAUUACUUGACAGACAUGCUUAAAAUAUGUUCCCAUUUAAAGAAACUUCGCUGCCUGAAACUUACCUAUUGCAAGCUCACCCAGGAAGAGGAUUUUCUGUAUCCUGAAUUGGAAACACUUCAAGUUUCGUAUAGCAAAAUUUACUCCGACUUGCCACGCUGUCCGAACCUCAAGCAACUAUCUUUGAUUUUAAAUGAAUAUCAUAAUUCCGUUAAAAUUAUUAAUUUUAUUGUAAAAUAUGCAACGACACUGGAACGCCUGGUUAUAACCAUCGCGUAUGAUGAACACCACCCCUUUACUGCCCAUAAUUUACUAGAUGCUCUCAGAGAGUGUACAAAUCUGCAGUUUCUUCAUAUAAAUUGUUUUCUUUUAAAGAAUUUAUUAUCCGAAAAUGUGGAGACUUUUAUAAAAGUUUUAAAGGCAAAUUGUUUCGAUGCACAGCGUCGUUUUGUGUUGGAAGUGAGCCAGACAGCGCUGUGGGCAUUGGUGAGUGUGUGA